AUGCUUCGAAGAUGGACUUCAGACGUCAAAUUUGUAUCUAAACUGAUUGUUUUCUUGUUUCUGGUCAGUGCAACAACUGCGGAAGAUCUGGAAUGCGGAAAGACCAAGUACAGCGACGGUUUCUCUAGAAUUCUUCUAGGUGUAAGUUUACUUUACUUGUGAACUGAUGUUUAUAAACGUAAAAGUUGCCAAGAAGGCAUGCAUACUUUUGAAAACCCUUCUCGUACCUUUUUCAGCGCUUCGUUUGUUUUUCUUAUUUUAGACAACAAGUACGUCUUUCAAACUCGAAUUUUGAUUCAACCAAAUUUACAGCUGCUUUCCUACGAUCGCCACGAAAUAUUGCGCUUGUUAUUGCGCUCCUUACUCUUACGUCUGGAUUUUAUUUAUCCCGCGUUGGCUCCGUUGUUUCCCGUUGACCUUCUAUUUUCAGAGUUCAAACCAUAGAAUAGUGGGUGGAUUUGAGACGAAAGUGAAUGCCUGGCCAUGGAUGGCGGAGAUCUUACGAGGGCGGAACCAUCAAUGUGGCGGCGCAUUGAUCGACAGCGAGUUUGUUCUGACUGCAGCUCACUGUUUCUUGAAGGGGUAAGAUACGUUCUUUCUUGUCAUUGCGUUUUUAGAGAGAAUCCUCGGCAUUACUCUGUGCUUCUCGGUGGCCAUGAAAUCUUUGGAGGGAAGCGGUUUCGAGUACUCAACAUUACUCUUCACAAUUUGUACCACAUCCGAGAAUCUGCUUAUGACAUCGCCAUUAUGAAGUAGGUAAUUGCUUGCGUGUUCAAGACAUAUUUUUUGUAAUUUUUAUCUGUUGUUUGCUGCAGGAUUUGGCCCCCAGUGAGGAUGAACCAGACGAUAAACAAGGUCUGUCUCCCCAGCUUUGGUCCACCAGCAACCCAUACUAUGUGUGUGGUGACUGGAUGGGGUCGGAUGGAAGAAGAUGGACCUGCAUCGCCAGCUCUGCGAGAGGCUCAUGUUCCUAUUGUGUCUUCGAUCACUUGCAAUGACCAUCGGCAUUAUCAAGGACGAAUAUUUCAGCCGACUAUGAUAUGUGCUGGAUAUGCGGAUGGGAAGAUUGACGCUUGCCAGGGGGAUUCGGGAGGACCAUUGGUUUGCUGGAACAAAAACGCUUGGGAGUUGCAGGUUAGGAUUCUUUAUAAUGUCUGAAGUUUAAGGUUUGUAUUUCAUCGGGGAGGUUUAAUUAAUUCUCUUCUAGGGGAUUGUCAGCUGGGGAAUUGGCUGCGCGGAACCAGGCCAUCCAGGCGUUUACACUCGAGUCCACGCUCUAACGUCAUGGGUGAAACUACAGAUGUUGCUACUGAAAUAA